AUGGGGUCUGUGAUUGCAGGCAAUGGCCAUUUGAAUCUUACGCCCGAGCCGGAGGAUAACAAUUCGAGUACUUCAUCACUAUCAGCGUUCAAUAAAGUUGGCCGUGUUUUGUACCGCUAUCCGGUGCUUGCAUGGCCGGCGAUGAUCACCACCACUUUCACAGUUAGGAUUUCCACCUUCCCUAAUGCAACUGGGUCAGGAGAUGGGAUGGCAUUUGUUAUAGCACAGGAUAAUCAUCCUUCUCCUCCUGAUAGCUAUGGUUCAUACCUUGGACUUCUUGACCGCUCAACUCAAGAUACUUUCAUGAACGAAUUCGAUAUAGAUGGGAAUCACAUUGGCAUUGACACAACAAGCACAAUUAACACCGUAGCAUCAAAAAGCCUCAACAGUACCAGAAUUGACCUCAAAAGUGGAAGAGAUAUUAAGCUCAAAAUUGACUAUGAUGGUCUAAACCAAAUGCUCUAUGUAUAUGUAAGUUAUAGCUCUCAGAAUCCACCAUUAACGAGCUUUCUGAACCAUAAGAUUGUCAUGUCUCAUACAGUUCCACAAUGGGUUUACGUGGGAUUUACUGCCUCAACUGGGACUCUCCCUGAAAGCCAUCAGCUUCUUGAUUGGGUUUUCACCUCAGUGCCAUUGCCAUUGCCAACGCCAUUUCCACAUAGCAAGACAGAUUCUCAUAAAGAAAACAAGAUGAUCAAGACCAUAUUAGUUAUUGCUAUUCCUCUUUUCUUGGGUUUGUUAAUCCUACUUGUUUAUUUGCAUUUAAGAGGUUUAUGUAGAAAUGAGAGGAAUGAACAUGGAGAUGAUAUAGAAAGCAGGUCGAGGAUUGCUGCAAGUGUCCCGAAGUUGUUUACUUACAAACAGCUUUCCAAAGCCACAAAUAAGUUCAACAAAGAGAAUUUGUUGGGGAAAGGUGGAUUUGGAAGUGUCUACAAAGGCAUCAUAUCAGAUCCUCCACAAACCAUUGCUGUUAAGAAGAUUUCUGCAACUUCUGAACAAGGAGAAAGGGAGUAUUUGGCAGAAAUAUGCACCAUAGGGCGACUGAGGCACAAAAACAUAGUGAAACUCCUUGGCUGGUGCAACCAAGGCAAACACCUUCUCUUAGUCUACGAAUACAUGCCUAAUGGAAGCCUUGACAAAUAUAUAGGAAAAGUACUUCUGGAUUGGAAAACCAGGUACAAAAUACUAACAGGUUUAGCAACAGCUUUACUCUAUCUCCACGAAGAUUGUGGAAGCCCUGUGGUUCACCGAGACAUAAAACCAAACAACAUAAUGCUAGAUUCCGAUUAUAAUGCUCAUCUUGGAGAUUUUGGAUUGGCAAGGUUGCUCCAAAAUGAUAAGGAAAGUGCCACAACCAUGCUAGCUGGGACACCAGGAUAUUUAGCUCCAGAAGUGGGAUUCACAGGGAAAGCCACGCCGGAAUCCGAUGUCUAUAGCUUCGGAAUGGUGGUCCUGGAAGUGGUAUGUGGGAAAAGAUCAACUGGUAUGAUGGAAGAAAAUAGUUUGGUGGACCAUGUGUGGAUUUUACAUGAGAAAAAUAGUUUGGUGGAGUGUGUGGAUAAAAUGAUGGAGGGAAAAUUUGAGGAGAAACAAGUGAAGAGGUUGUUAGUUGUUGGGCUUGCAUGUUUGCUUCCAGACUCCAUGGCCAGACCAAAGAUCAGGAAAGUUUUGCAAAUUCUUCUGAACCCAAAUGAGCCUUUGAUGGAUUUACCAGAGACUAGGCCUAGUUCAGUUUGUAUUGCAGUGACUCCUUCUGCUUCCACAAUUACAGAUUUAGGGCCUAAAAGUGGCUCUGUAAUAUUUGGCCAAUGA